AGCCUCUUCCCCUGUCCCUUUGCCCCCUGAGACUCACCUCACGUUCCCGUUAGAGAGAGUGAGGACCUCUCCUCGGCAGCACACCGAGUUUCUCCAUCAUCUCUCUUUCUCCAUCAGUCCAUCUGAUCUUCAGAUUCGCUGCUGGACACCUGAACACGCUUCGCUGCCAUGUCGGACAACGAGGAAGUGGUGGAGUAUGAGGAGGAGGUGGAAGAAGAGGAGGCCGCCGAAGAGGCGACGCAGGAAGAAGACAAACCUGCUGGAGAGGAGGAGGCCGGUGAAGAACAAGAUGAAGACGGGGAAGUGGAAGAAGGAGAAGGAGAAGAAGAGGAAACGAAACCAAAAUUUAAGCCAUUUAUCAUGCCGAACCUCAUCCCUCCCAAGAUCCCAGAUGGAGAGAAGGUGGAUUUUGACGAUAUACAUCGUAAAAGGAUGGAGAAGGACCUGAUGGAGCUUCAAACUUUGAUCGAGGUUCACUUUGUGGGCAGAAAGAAGGAAGAAGAAGAGCUCAUUCAUCUCAAGGAUAGGAUUGAGAAGCGCCGCUCUGAGCGGGCAGAGCAGCACAGAAUCCGCAGCGAAAGAGAUAAAGAGCGUCAGAAGCGUCUUGAGGACGAAAGAACUCGUAAAGAGGAGGAGGAGGCCAAGAGGAGAGCAGACGACGAUGCCAAGAAGAAGAAAACUCUGACCAGCCUCCACUUCGGAGGGUACAUGCAGAAGUUGACAGAGAAACGGAGUGGUAAGAGGCAGACCGAGAGAGAGAAGAAGAAGAAGAUCCUGAGUGACAGACGCAAAUCUCUGGACAUUGAGAAUUUAGGCCAGGAUAAGCUCAAGGAAAAAGCUCAGGAGUUGUGGGAAUGGAUGAAUCAGCUGGAGGCGGAGAAGUUUGACAUGCAGUAUCAGCUCAGCACACAGAAAUAUGAGAUUAAUGUGCUGAGGAAUCGUGUCAGCGAUCAUCAGAAAACAUCCAAGAGGACCAAGAGAGGACUGAGGAAAUAGAUGCUGACAUGAUGAGUGAGCAGUGUAUCCAGGAGCCCUGUCGUCUACCACCUUAAUCCAAGUCCUGGCUUUUCCUGCCGCACCCCAGUCCCACCUGUUUCCCCAAUAGCACCGCGCACAGUGCCAAUCAUAACCACCCCAUAAUUUGAAUAGGAUGCUUUGUGUUUAAGGGUGUAAAUAAAACCAUCUAAUUUCA